AUCGAAUUACCUUUUUUUAUUUCCCAUUUACUUUCGCAGAAACAAAAUUAUUUUUCCGAUGUGCCAAGAUUUUCUUUAUUUUUUUAUGUAUAGAAACAGAAAAGAAAUAUUUUGCAGUAUAUGAAAAUUCAUGAAACAUCAUGAAUUGAAGGACUUACAUAUUAGCAAACUAUCUAUCUGUUAUUAGACAAAAACAUGGCAUCGACAUAUAUGAAACUGCGCAUUGCUUUUUUUGUGUUUUCUGCAAUUGGACUUAUUUUAUAUAUUGCGGCAUUUACCAUUCCAAAAUGGUCUACUCACGAAAGUGGAAGCGAUGGACUUUGGCAAAUAUGUUAUAUAAAUGGUGGUAGUGAUACGUGUGCUUUGUGGCCGGACUAUCUUAUGUCUGCAAACCACAAAACAGUUCAGAUUCUGUCAUGUCUGGGACUAUCAUUCUUCAUUUUGUUUGUUGUGAUGUCUGCAUUGACAAUAUUUUGGACAAAUCACUGGAAGAAGGCGAAAGCAAUAAAAUAUACGACAGUUGUUUUGGCAAUUUUAGCAGUUGUUUUUGUGAUAGCGUGCCUGAUGAUUUAUAAGAAUGACAAAUCUGGUAACAAUACCAUAUCACUAUGCUGGUAUCUUGCCUUGGUUGGUGCAGUUAUUGCAGCAAUAGUUAUUCCAUUUUAUUUAAUCGAUGCUUGCAGAACAGUAGAUCCCAAGAAGUCAGACAGGGAAAAAAUAAUUGCGAUUCCAGCAAUGCCAGCUUCUACAAGAUUUCCAAUCAACGAAGAAACAGAUACGCAUAGUCAAGAUUACAGCACAUUUAACCCAAAACAUAGUAGGCGACCACCUUUACUCAGUAAAUUGAGAAGACAAAAUACGACUUUCAUUCACCCGCCGCCAAAAUCGACCAAAGGAUUGACAAUAAAAGACAUAAAAUCGUUCCCUCUACCACCUUCAAAGACAAAAAUAAAUUUGUUUGAUAAAACUGAGAUUGAGGACCAUCCAUCUCCAGCUCCACCUCAAAUGAGUCAAAACAGUAACACACAAAAUGGCACCAAAAAGAACUACGGUGCAGCCACUGCUCAAAGUAGCUCUUUAGGAACGAAUUAUUCAAAUCAUAAACAGGUAAAGAGUGUUCCAGAACAACACAGUGUAUUCAACAACACAAAGACUAUUAAUAACAAUGGCAAGACAAUGCUGAAAAUUCAAAGUCAGAGUGAUAGUAAAAAACCGCCCCUUGUCUUGAUGUCAAUGACCGACAAUGAGGAAAAUUGCGAGGAUAUCGAUGAUGUCUCACAAGUUGGUACACAAAGUUGCGGGAAAUCGCACUUUUCAAAUUUUAAGUCUGAGUGGGAUGAAAAGAAUCCGAAGAUACCAUGUUCACAAUCUUUUUCUAUAUCAGUUAUAAAACCCGACGAUGAGUCACGUGGUAACAAUUCAAAUAGAUUAAAGAGUGUUUUAAGUUCUCAGGAAGGGCUGACAAUACACAACUUACUUGACGAACCUUACGAGAUGUAAUUUUUUGUGAAUAAUGAAAACUAGUUAAUAUUGA